AUGGUUACUGAUUCGGCUUCCUAUCUGCAGUCGCAAGAGCAUGACUUCCAUGUACAACAAGCCUUGGCCGCCGAUUUGAUAGCAAGAGCUGGUGCUCAGCUGGACCGCAUCGUAGGCCAAUCGGCGGUGUCGGGAAGUUUCUCUAAGCUUGCAUUCACGGACUCAAGCAAUAUCGCUAGCCCUCCUGUAACUACGACGGGAUCAGGAUCUUCUGUCAUCGGGGAGGUGGCCGACCUACCCGAAGUAAUCUGGCAGACGCUAGAGCAGCGUCAGGUCAACUUGAAGGAAGCCACCUUGGAGUUAAGUGAUAAGAUUACAUUAGCCAAGUAA